CUACAGACUCGCACCAAAAGCUUCCCUCUUCCUCUCCUCUCCUCCCCUGUCGGCGGCCGGUCGGCCGAGGGGAGCGGCAGCUGCCGGUCGUCAUUUCUACCCACUCCUUCUGGUGUCUCUCUGUCUGCACAACAGCCCACAAUGCUCAGUUUGCUGUGGUUGGACCCCCUGAGCCCAUCCUGGCCAUGGUGGGUGAAGUCGCUGAGCUGCCCUGUCACCUGUCCCCAAUGAUGAGCGCUGAGACCAUGGACCUGAUGUGGGUGCGAUCCAACCUCAGGCAGGUGGUACAUGCAUAUGCACACCGAAAGGAAGGAACAGAGAUGGCAGAGUAUCGAGGGAGAACGUCGAUUUUAAGGGAGGACAUCGCUGAGGGGAAGGCUGCUCUGCGGAUUCAGAAUGUCAGAGCCUCUGACAGUGGAACCUACCAGUGUUAUUUCCAAGAUGCCGAUUUCCUUGCAAAAGCCCAGGUGGAGCUGAAGGUUGCAGCCCUGGGCUCUGAUCUUCACGUUGAAAUGAAGAGCUAUGAGGAUGGAGGGAUCCGUGUGGAGUGCACAUCUGCAGGCUGGUAUCCGAAGCCCCACGUGGAGUGGAGAAGAGAAGGGGGAGAGAGCUUGCCCGCCAUGGCAACGCCUGGGGCUGCAGAUGGAGAGGGUCUGUAUGCAGCCACGUCAUCUGUGAUCCUGAAAGGCGGCUCUGGGAAGGGGGUUUCCUGUGUCGUCAGAAACCCCCUGCUCAGCCAGGAGAAGACAGCCAGGGUCUCCAUUGCAGGCCCCUUCUUCUCCAGCGCGCAGCCCUGGCAGGUGGCCGUGGGGGUGACUCUUCUGGCUCUGCUGGGGCUCCUGGCCGGAGUGGUGUCCUCAUGGUGGCGACAGCAGAAGAGAAUCUGGGCCUUUAGCAAGGAGAUGGAGAGGCAGCUAGCUGAGAAAAAAGCAGCUCUGGCUCGGGAGCAGGGAGAGCGAAGCGCCAAAGAGAAGCUGCAGGACGAGCUCAGGUGGAGGAAGAAGCAGUACCUGGCACGUGACAGGUCUCAGGCCUAUGCUGAGUGGAAGAUGGCCCUUUACCAACCUGCGGACGUGAUUCUGGAUCCGGACACCGCGCACCCCAACCUCCUCAUUUCUGAGGACCAGAGGAGCUUGCAGUACACAAGUGCAUGGCGGAGCCUGCCAGACAACCCCAGGAGAUUUCAGGAUCCUUACUGUGUGCUGGGCCGUGAGAGCUUCACGUCAGGGAGACACUUCUGGGAGGUGGAUGUGGGGGACAGGAAAGUGUGGCAAAUUGGGGUUUGUAGAGUGGACUUAGAGAUAAAACUUGUUAAAAUAACACCCCAGAAUGGAUUCUGGACAAUAGCGAGGUUGGAGGUGCAUGACUUCCAAGCUCAAACCGAUCCCUGGAGCAAACUCACAAUUGUCAACCCUCCUACAAGAGUGGGGGUCUUCCUGGACUAUGAGAACGGGGAAGUCUUGUUCUAUGAUGCCAUCGAUGGAUCGCACAUCUUCACCUUCUCACAGGCUUCCUUCACUUGGCCUCUGUGGCCUUUUUUCAGGAUUUUCUCACAGGAGCCCACUGCCUUGACCAUUUGCCAGGCACUAAAAGAACUGGGGAGUUCCCCUGUGUCUGAGCCAGUGCCUGGCCCUUCCCUGGAGACCUCAGUGGCCUCAGGCUCAGCUUAUGGCAAUGGAGACCCUCAGGCAGAAGAUCAGUCUUUGCUUCCCCCUGCCCAGCCCUGAGCUGAGGGCCUGCUUAACAGCAAAACCUCAAGCAGGAACAUACUUGCUAAAAACUCACUGAGUGAAGCACUUUCCUAGUUAUCUUCCAACUUUUCCACGUGACAGAUGAGGAGACCAGGGUGCAGGAGGUUAACUCUCCAAAGGUGACUCAGUGCCUUCCUGCAGCCAUAGCUCACACUCACAGAUAACACAGAAUGUGGUGGGUGCUGGGCUAAAGGCUUCAGGUGACUUUCACUCACCAAUCCUCACAGCACCCCUGUGAGGGGGCCUCAUUGAACGUGUGGAAAGGGAGGCAGGGCCCAGGGAAGUGACGUGUAAUUCUUGCAGGAAGCAGUGCUGCUGGGAGGUGUUUGACCUCUGACCCUCCCUCUACCUCUGGUCUGUUCCU